AUGUCCUUCCCCCAAGAUCCUCAGCGUCGCCGCGGCGGAGCCGGUACGGGUUUUAGCUCAACUGGCGGACGAACUGCUUUGGGAUACUGGCUUCCUCUGGCCUUGACUGCUGGAAUUGCGACCAUCAGUAUUGCUGCCUGGAUUUGGAGUGAACGAAAUGACGAUGACGAUGACGAUGACGACCACCCCCACGGAGACGGCCCCUACCCGCCCCCUGGAAGUGACUACCCCCCUCCCUCCUAUGCUACCGGAGAUUAUGUCCGAAGCACAGGCGCCGACCCUCUGCAGGGCGAUGCUUCCUAUGAUCAUGGCAUGAUGGCUCGCAUGCAGGGUGCUUUGCGCCGCACGCCUAGCCCUCAACAGAUAUUCGACGGCGCUAGCAAGAGGGUCGUGGCUGGUGUCACUGCUGCAGGAGCUUUCGUUGGUGGAGCUCUUACCUCUAUCCGUGAAGAUAACAAAGGCGAAGGUGACUUCGAGGAUCACUCCAGAUGGUCCGAGGAAGCUCAGAACAGAGCUCGAGAGAGAAGCCAGCCAGGCACCAUCGAACCGACUAUGAGCGGUGCUUUGCCAGCUCGUGUCGCAAGCGCGGGUCCAUCCUUUGACAAGAAAAGGAAGACCGUUGCAAUUGUCGUCUCCUCCCUUUUCUCAGCUGACUCCGACGAAUUUGCCUCGGAGCACGCAUCUAUUCUAUCCCAUCUCCCCGAGCACGUCGAUCUGGAGACAUCCAAGAUCUUUGUCUUGGUGUAUGCACCAGACUUGAAACACGCCAUCAAGAAAGGCGGCUCUUCGCGGCCCACGCCUUCUAUCGCCUCAUCUUAUUCCAACAUUGGCACCGAAGAAGCAACUUCUCCCGGAGAACUGGUCUCUGGUGAUUUGACCCCCGUAGAGCCACGUCAGGAUGAUGAACUAGAGGGCACCACCCCCUCCUUCAGAACCAUAUACCAACAGGCACAAGCGCUAGUUGAAAAGGAGAGCAUGAUCAUGCCUUUCAGCACCGCUGGUGGCUAUGUGCAUCUCGUUCGCCAUCUUUCCCCAGACUUGGUCUAUGUUCAGGAAUCUUUGACCGGAGAGCAAGGCGAAGCCGUCCAGCAUAUCUCUGGUUGGGUCCGACAAGUCAUUGUCGUUGUUGGAGACGAGGGCGGCCGUGGCGGACUUAUCGACAGCGAUGACGAGUCGGCGCUUGGUGAGAAGGGAGAGAAAUGGUGGCAGAAGGAGGGCAUCACAGGACUCGGCAAGCGGAUCGACGUGGUUGACGUUGUCCGUGUCGGAGACGACUGGCGACGCCGAGUGCGUGGUCUGGACUAG